AUGCAUUGCUCUGUCGUAAUUCUUGUUGGGAUAGUUUCAAUGGUGCAAAGCCAAGGUAUAGAACGGUGUUUGAAUAUUGUUAUGUUACAUCAGCAUUGUUGUGCAUACGCUAAAAGCGAACUUUAUGAAACAAACUCGAAAGAAUGCUACAAGGAAACACAAAAUCCAAACUCUUGCGACUUUGAUGUAUGCUUGGCGAAAAAAGGUGGACUUUUUAUGUCGAACGGUACAUUCGACAAAAUUGCACUAGAGGAGCUACUUGAGAAGGACUUCGAGAACUACACUGGUGUCUCGGAUGUUCUCAAAGAAAAGUGCCUGAACAAGGACUUAGACGCUUACGUACAAGAGGAUCCUUGCAAUCUAAAAGAACUCGGAAAUUGUUUACGCUUUUACAUCAUGUCGACUUGCAAGAAUUGGGAUGAAAGCGACGAAUGUAAGAAAGUAAAAGAAGAUAUUAACAAGUGCCAAAUG